AUGUACCACUCAGCACUCAAGUUGAUGGCCCUCUUCCUUGCCUCGACCUUGGCCAUCGUUCCUACACCACCAAUCUUUCCAUCAGCACUCCCGCAAUCAACAAUUGAGCCAGCUCUCACAGCAAUUAUUGCAGCGCAGGCGACUCAGCAAGCAAAUUCGCCCGUUUCUGACGUGGGUGGUGAGGUGUUUAGCAGAUUCGUUCAGAUAUGGCUCGAGAAUAUGGAUCUCAAAGAAGCUACCAAUGACCCCAAUUUUCAAUGGCUUACUGCACAAGGGAUAACACUUACCAACUAUUGGGGAGUGACGCAUCCUUCUCAACCAAAUUAUUGUGCAGUUGUCGGAGGUGAUACGUUCGGGAUGGACGCAGAUGAAUUUGUUCAAAUCCCCGCCAACAUAUCCACAGUGGUAGAUUUGCUCGACACUAAAGGCAUUUCUUGGGGUGAAUACCAAGAAGAUAUACCAUACGCUGGCUUCGAAGGUUGGAACUUCUCGAACACAGAUCCAUUUCAAGAGGAUUACGUACGCAAACACAAUCCACUGGUAAUGUUUGAUUCUGUUACCAGCAAUGCCACUAGACUCAGCUUGAUCAAGAGCUUCAAAAUGUUUGAAGAAGAUCUGGCGAAUAAAACUCUACCACAAUGGUCUUUUAUUACACCAAAUAUGACGAACAAUGGCCAUGAUACCAACGGCACAGUAGCUGGAAACUGGUCUCGCAUGUUUCUUGAGCCUUUACUAAGUAACGACUAUUUCAUGAACAAUACCUUAGUCGUGCUCACCUGGGAUGAGAACAAUGAAGACGACGAGGAGAACAAAAUGUUCGGUAUCCUUCUCGGUGGUGCCAUUCCACCUGCUUUUAAGAACACUACCGAUGAUACAUUCUACAACCACUAUAGCAUGAUUUCCACCAUACAACUUAACUGGGGACUCCCCUCUCUUGGUCGUUGGGACUGUGGUGCAAACGUCCUUGGGCUUGUCGCCAGCAAAGCAGGAUUUGAGAACUAUGCCGUCAACACGACUAAGUUACUUUUCAAUUCCUCGUACCCGGGUCCUCUAUCAACGGAACAAUUCGAUCCAGUUUGGCCAUUGCCCGACACGAAAGCAAAUUGUGGUUCAGGCCAGGGAGUGUUGAAAAAGAUUGUUGACGGAUGGGGUAAAUCAGAUGGUACAUAUAACUAUACCGACUCGUAUCCAUAUGAUGAUGUUAGCGGUGACAACACAGGAGGUGAAGCCAGCCCGGCAACGACGACAAUUUUGCCAAUUACAAGUCCUACAGCCGCGCCUUCGGCUGUCCCUACGAAGAAGUCAGAGGCUAUGGACAUUAAUACCCUUUCCCCCUUGCAAGUCUUCGAAAACUAUCACCACCAUACAUCGGACCAGAUGCUCAGUCGACUCAAUAACGAUAAGAUAUCAUCUUCGAAACGACUGGACAGGGGAGGGAGUUCAUAUACUGACAGGCGGCAACAUUUACUUGAAGAUUACGAAGAAUUUGAGCUCGGUGAUUAUCCUGGUGGCACAUCAGAAGACCAAGCUUCGAAAUCGCAUAUAAGUGAGAGUAAUAGAAGAAGGGCAAAAAAGAGAAAGAGACUCGAAGAGAUAGACGAGAUGAAGUUCUCACAUAGUAUACAGUUUAAUGCUGUACCAGAUUGGAGUAGUCACUACAUUGCUUAUAGCAAUUUGAAGAAACUAAUUUACCAGCUUGAGAAAAAUGCGCAUCGACCCUCCACUGCCCCGGAGGACGUCGAGAACUCUCCUCUCAUUCGACCGGCCGAAGACCUAGAUACAAUCUUUCGCAGAGCGCUGGACGCGGAACUGGAAAAAAUAUCCUCUUUCUAUGAAUUGAAGGAGCUGGAGAUUUAUGGCGAGGUAUCAGAACUGCUGAAGGAGCAAGAGGAAUUUGAGGCAGAGGUUCUGGAAAGCAAUCAAACGGAUGGACCGAAUGGUUCAGAUGGGAAUGGCCGGCCAAGAGCAUCUAGUAGCGAUCGACCGCGCCAAAGUAGCAUCUUCAGACCUUUUGUUCCAAAGGGAAGACGCCCAAGCACUGUAAGUCGGUCAAUAGAUGAAGGCGUGGAAGACAGUGACGAUGAUGAUGAUGAGAAUACCGUGCUACGCAAGCCGUCCAGACCAAGCAACCAACGAAGCAAAAGCACUUUUUAUGAUUCAAACAAUGGGGGUUCUGGAGCUGUAGAGGAUAUGCGUGCUUCAACGGAGGCUCUCAAGUCUGCACGACGCAACAGUCACAACUACGAGGAUUAUGCGGAGCAGGAAUUCAAUGCAAUAUACUCGUCCGGCAUUACGUUGAAAAAGCGGGCCGUUGGUUUAUAUGUGUCACUGUGUGAAUUGAAGUCUUUCGUUCAGCUUAACCAGACGGGUUUCAAGAAAGUUUGCAAGAAAUUUGAUAAAAUAUUGGACAGGAAUUUGAAGUCAAAAUACCUCCAGGAUGUCGUAGCUCCGGCAUACCCUUUCCGACCAGAAACGCUCAAACAUAUCGAGGAGAACAUUUUCCGAAUAGAGCGCAUGUACUCCGAUUUGGCAACUCAUGGAGAUGUCGACCAGGCAAAGAAGGAAUUGCGAUUACAUCUACGAGAACAUGUGGUUUGGGAAAGGAAUACAGUCUGGAGGGAGAUGAUUGGUAUCGAAAGGAAAGCUCAAGCCGCGAACAUGGGUAUUAGGAGAACUCUGCUCGGUGCGGAUAGUGAUCCAUCCAAGGCUCGAUUGCAAGGUGAUGAUGACGAUAUUACUGAUAUGAAGGAACUUUCAACACCAGUUGGGAGAGUAAAAUGUCCGAGGUGGCUCUUCAGUUCGACAAUGUUCACGUUGGUUGGAAUUAUUACUAUCUUCAUUUUACUACUGCUUAUUCCAAUCAUGAAGAAACCAGAACAGCAAAAUUGUUUAGCGAUGUUGAUAUUUGUCAGUUUGCUCUGGGCUACUGAGGUUAUACCUCUCUUCGUUACAUCCCUUAUGAUUCCAUUUCUCUGUGUACUUCUAGGAGUGGUCCGCUCUGAUGAUAAACCUCAUCACAGGUUGGAAGCUCCAGCUGCGGCAAAAUAUAUCUUUUCCGCAAUGUGGACUCCAGUCAUUAUGUUACUACUUGGUGGAUUUACCAUAGCUGCAGCAUUAUCAAAGUAUGACAUUGCGAAGAGAAUAGCCACUUUCGUACUAAGCAAGGCGGGGACAAGACCAAGAACAGUACUUAUCACCAACAUGUUCGUAGCAGCUUUCGCAAGUAUGUGGAUCAGUAAUGUUGCUGCACCUGUCUUGUGCUUCUCAAUCAUUCAGCCUAUGCUUCGCAAUCUUCCUUCUGAAUCUCAAAUGUCAAAAGCAAUCAUUCUUGGUAUUGCACUUUCAUCAAACAUUGGCGGUAUGCUCUCCCCAAUCGCAUCCCCACAGAACAUUGUUGCUCUUCAGAUCAUGUCUCCACAACCAGACUGGGGUACCUGGUUCUUCAUAGUCAUACCAGUCGGUAUCAUAUCCAUCGUCCUUAUUUGGAUCCUCUUACUUCUCACCUUCAAGCCUGGUCGUGGAACUACAAUCAUUCCCAUUCGUCCGGUUAAAGAUGCAUUCACCGGUGUUCAAUGGUUCAUCACCAUCGUGACUCUUGGCACCAUUAUUCUCUGGUGUGUAAGCCAUAAAUUUGAAUGGAUAUUUGGUGACAUGGGCGUGGUCGCAAUUAUCCCGAUCAUUUUGUUCUUCGGAACUGGUAUUCUAACCAAGGAAGAUUUCAAUAAUUUCUUAUGGACCAUCAUAAUUCUCGCCGCUGGAGGACUCUCUCUUGGUAAAGCUGUCAACUCCUCGGGACUGCUACAUACUAUUGCUGGCGAAAUCACUGAGAGCGUCGAGGGUUUCAGUCUUUAUGGCGUACUUGUUGUAUUCUCUUGUCUCGUCCUCGUUGUUGCGACAUUUAUCAGUCAUACAGUCGCAGCUCUUAUUAUUCUUCCAUUGGUACAUAGUGUUGGAGCAGGUAUGGAUGAACCACAUCCCAACCUUUUGGUUAUGGGUGCUACAUUAAUGUGUAGUGCCGCUAUGGGAUUGCCUACCAGUGGUUUCCCUAAUAUGACCGCAAUUAUGAUGGAAGAUUCACAAACUGGACAGAGAUACCUACAAGUGAAACAUUUCAUCACUCGUGGCGUACCAGCAAGUAUCCUUACAUGGCUAGUGGUCAUUUCAGUUGGAUAUGGAUUGAUGAGGGUGGUUGGGAUGUAA